AUGUCUCACGAGUGCUAUCGACUUCUCAUGCAGGCGAAGGAUCUUAUCGAUGAAUCUCACCAACAUUUCCAACGCCAUAACGGUUUUCUGGAGCGUGGAUGUACAUUUUCCGUUGAAAAAUACUGCUAUGAACCGCUUGACGCAGAAGAUACAAUUCGUCUGCUGGAAUUUGAGAAUGAAGAAGGACACAUGGGUUUUAUCAGAUGUCAAAUGAAACAUGUCCGUCUCACCGAUGAGCCGAUAUACGAGGCACUCUCGUACGCCUGGGGCGACCCAAUACCCACCAUAACGGUCAUCUGCAAUGAUCGAAUAUUCAAAGUGUCAGCAAAUCUCGAAUCAGCGCUGUUUCGUCUGCAGCAAACUGCUGUUCCCUUCUGGAUAGACGCCAUCUGUAUCAACCAGACCGACAAUGCAGAGCGAUCAAAGCAAGUGAAAAUGAUGAGUCACAUUUAUCAAAAAGCCAGGAGGGUGAAUAUUUGGCUCGGCGAAAGCGAUGGUGAGACUUGGGCCCCAUUGUCGCCUACCUACUCGUUGCUCAAAAUCCCGGCGGUUCUUGCAUCCACAGGUCGUCGAAACUGCCUUGAGAUGACCCCUUUGGAGUUAAGAAAGCAUCUCGCCAUCUCAGGCUCUGGAGAUCCCGCCGUAGAGAGCUUCUUCAGACUGAUGAUGCGACCGUGGUUCCGACGCAUAUGGAUAAUACAGGAGGUUGCCGUCUCACGUGAAGCGUGGGUUUGGUGUGGGAGGUUUGCGGUCCAGUGGAAAGAUUUCGCUCUCGCCUUGAAAUAUGCUAAAGAGGCUGGGCUUGCCACAAAAAUCAACGGGAACCUUUUUGAGAGGGUCCAUCGGAUUGAGCUAGUGCGUCAGGAAGUCGCGGACAGCAAUUUCACCCAGAGGGAUGUACACCACCUUCUCUUCAGAUACUAUGACUUUCUGGCAACAAAUCGAAAGGAUAAGGUUUACGCAGUCCUCGGCUUAGCUAAAGAGCCCAUAGUCAACGUUGACUAUGGUUUGGAUGACCGGCAGGUGUAUAUUGAUGCCGCUGUGGAGAUUCUCCGUCGAAGCGAAAAUUUUGACCUCCUCGGUGCAUGUCGGAUUCCUUUGGGCUACACUCGGACUGCCCUUUCAAAUUUACCUUCCUGGGUCCCGGAUUGGAGUGUCUCAAAACCGUUCAUGCCUCUAAGAAUGCAAGGUCUUCCGCAGGAACAGGAAUUCGCUGGGUUUUCAGCCUCCGGACCCUACUUCCGUUAUCCCCCAUCAUUUUCGGACGACCAGGAGCGGCUGUGCCUAUAUGGGCACUUUACAGACAAGAUAGAGCUGAGUACAAAUUCUAUGGUGCCAAAAGCUGCGCCGGCACUCGCACCGAGGGGAUUCGAGUUUUCAUACCUAGACUUCAUUCGCCACACAUAUCAUUUGCUGCAGGCAGCAGGGACCUGGGUCCGGUUGAUCUCUCAACAGCCAGACGACAUGUACAUAACUGGAGAAACAGUAAAGGAAGCGUUGCUACAAACUAUGUGCUGUGGCCAGGCGGAUGACAAUUUCAGGAACCAGUAUGGUCACAACCGCGCUAUUCAUCGACUGCGAAACUACAUUUUAGCGAACGCCCUCCGCUCCGAGAUGACGUUCGUAACUUUCUUGAUUUUGUACACUGUUUUUUAUCAACUACUGAGGACUCUAUGCUGCAUAAACAUCCACGAAGUACACAGUGAGGACGUCGAGGAAUGCUCUGAUGAUGCUCACAGGGCGACUGGGGCAUAG